UUUAUUUAAAUUUUAGUUUCCAUUUCCAUUUGUUUUUUCAAAUUGAUUCGUGUAGUUUGUUUAAAUUGUUUUAAAAAAUAACAAAAUUUAAUAUUUUUUAUAAUGCCGCCAAAUUCGAAAAAACGUUCCAAAUCUCCGCAUAAAAAACGUAAAACGUACAUUGCUCCGAAACCAAAUAAACCAACAGUAUGGGAAAAGGUUGCCCCCGGAUUAGCUAUGUUACGGUAUCGACAACAAUUACUAAAUUUAAAAGGGUCAGCAAAUGCAAGAAAAAUAAAGAAUUCUUCAACGUGUGUCGUUGCCCCUGUCUACGUUGCUGUUGAGGAAUUUUCAGAAUGGUCCACAGAUGUAUUGGAGAAUAUUUUUGAAAUCGGUAAAGAAGUACACCGUUUAACCUUGCAACAACUUAAACUUCGAGCCAAUUCAAGCUAUCCAAUUCAAUGUGUUUGUCCUACGUUCCUUCUCAAUUUGAAUAGGGUGACAAUUCUUGUCAGACCAAUUAUAUCUUUGAAUUCUCUCUGCGGUGGUCAACUGAAUUCCAAUUUUGACAAUACUGAAGUCCAGAUGUUUGAUAAGCUUCUGAGUGAAAACCAUGGUGUUGUUCUUCAGUGUACCGGAAAGUCAUUUGCAUUUUGGAAGGAUAAGUCAAAAUUCUAUGCACUUAUACCAGAAGGCUUUCGAGAUGUUGAAAAUCGAUUACCAGCAGUUUUAAAGUCAACAAAUUUAAAGGUUCUGCUAGAAAAUAGCCUCAAACUGCAGCGUGGAGUUUGUAGUAUAUAUUCGGUAAAAGUACUGAAUAAAAUGAAGAUUCCUAUGACUCUUGAAAAUAUCAAUGACGAGUUUAUACUUCCACCAGAAGAUGCAGAUGGGAAAAUCGAAAAUGAAGAUGAAAAUGUGGAAGUUGCCCAAGAGACAGAAGUUGACAAAGACAAUUCUGCAACUCCUGCAGCUCCUGUGCCAUCUAGAACCAGAAAAGACAAGAAAAAAGUUGAAGAACCUGAACCUUCUGAAGAAGUUUUCACCGAAGAUUUGGUAAUAACAUUUAGCUCGGAUUAUAAAGAACUACCUGAUGAACGAGGAAUUCUCGUUGGCAAGGAAUAUUGCAAGGAACCCGAUCAAAUAUCACACACUAUUAUAGCAGCUGCAGUUUUACUUCACCAUUUCCCAGCUAAUCUCUGGACAUCGAUUAUAAUCCAUGAUAUACUAAAAAUCGGAAAACAACUCUACUACGAAAGUGACGCUGAAGAGCUUCUAGAUAAUGAAGACUGGAUGGAUCGAAUAAAAUUUCCAAUAAAAUUUAUGAAGAAAAAUCUAUCAAUACACUUUGAUAAAUUGGUUUUUGGAAGAGUCACUUCCACGGAUCCGGAUGUUCUGAGUGUUGAACAAGGAUUGAUAAAGUUUUUUGCUGGCAACGAUACUGGAAUUCUGGCUGGUCCACAAAUGGUUUUAGUUUGGCAACAAAAGAAUAACUUCUUCAUGUUCGAUCCUAAGGAACGUGACGGUCUGGGCAGAAAAUGGACCCGAAUGUUUUCAUCGGAAUUGGGAAGCACUGCUUUGGCGGGUAGUGCAUGUGUCACAUGGUAUAGAAAUGUAAAGAAAUUAGCAGAAGUUUAUGUUGAGAGUAUUGCUCUGAAACAUCGUAAGGAUCCAUACAGAAUUAUUAAGUUAAAGUUCUUCGAAACUUCCACUAAAUCAGAUGACGAAGGGGAAUGGAUUGGAAUGGCUGAAAAUAAGUGGAUGCUGUGCGGAACUAAAACUCUGUGUGAUUACAGCUAUGCGGAGGAUAAUUUAAGAUCGGGCAAGGCUAUUUGUAUGGCAGUCUCGGCAUUGAUGAUAGCUGUAGAAAAGCCCGAAGAAGAUUGGGACACUAAAACAAUUGAUACAAUUCUCAGUGAGGGGAUUGAGCUAUUUAAGUUGUCACUGCCUACUCACGACAAUGACAAGCCAUUUCAUUUGCAGAGUGUUAAACAACUGCUGGACAUAGGAGGAAGGCGAGCCAGAAUAACAAUUAUCGACUGUAGGAUUCAUGGGGCUAUGUUAGCAGAGUCUAAAAAUAUUGGAUCGGUGCAGUUAAAAAAUGGCUUGAUGGAAUUCUUUGAAUCUGCAAAAUAUGGAAUAUUUACGGUUAAGGACAUUUCGUUAGCAAUAUGGCUAGGACAGGAUAAACACUUUUACAUCUUCUAUCCAUAUGAAAAACUUUUAGGAAUUCCACCACAAUGCCUUUGUGAAAAUGAAAAACUUUUACCUCCAAUGGGAAUUGCUAAUGCCAUGCGGUUCAAAUCAAUUGCAGAUAUUUUCUAUUUUUUGACAACUUGUCUCAAUACCAAAGACAGUGAUGAGUACUGCCUAAGUCCCGUUGAUAUCGGGCUAUCAAUGGCAGCUAAUCGUCCCCCAAUCUAUGAUUAUGAAGAAUUCGGGACGAGUGGAGCUAUCAUUAGGCCCUAUAAGGAUCUUCACGAGGGCCAUGAAAUGUUUGGAGUUCGAGCCGAUAAACAGACAUUGGCCAAUCUCUUAACAGCUCUGGGCUUAAAUAGAAUAAAUAGUUCAACAAAUUGGACCAAAUCGGAUCUGGCAGAUAUUCUAAAAAUCGGUGAUAAAAUAUUUUGCAAAAUCUACAUGGCACUGCCUGAGUGUCAAGCUCGAGAUUACAAGCUCCAAUGGGAGGAUGUUGUUCCGAUGAUAGGAAUGAAUAAGUUCACAUUCACUCGUGAGCCAAUUGUUGGAGUUCUUGAAAUACAACCCGAAGUCAUGAUGGGUGAAGAGGGCGACAACGAAAUGGGUGCACAAGAAGAUUACGAAAAUGAUGAACUCAUUGAGGCGCAAGAUGAGCUGUUUGUUCGGCCGACGGGUAGUUUUGCCCAAGAACACCCAACUUCACCACCUGCCAAUGAUCUAAAAGGGAUUCUUCAGUCUUGGGACAACAAAGCAAGUGAUCACCAUGAAGCUGUGCUGGAAUCAGAUUUUUACAAGAUUGCCAUCUGGAAAAGGGACAAUCUUUAUUUCGUUUUUGAUCCGAAGGCAUCUGGGCCGAAUGGAGAACUGACCGAACGAAGAAUUGAAAUGGGAAAAGAUCAUUUAGGUGGGGACAAUCUUUCCGUUAUGCCUGCUCAAGAAGAUAACGGAGCACUUGCCUAUGAUGAUGAUGAAGAGCCAAGGAAAACAAUAGCUGAACGUCCUUUAUAUCUAGAAAAACGUAUCUACACUCAUUUCGACAAUCAAGGUUCAGCAUAUUCAGCCUGGUUUUUAAACUUUGACGAAUUUUUCGAUCAUAUUGCCGCCAAAACUCCAGAAGAAUUUAAAUUCGGCAAGUUUACUCUUCAUGAUUUGACCCUGACCAGUUUGCCAGUUGGAAGUGAUGAUUUUGAAUCCAGACUUAAGCCUGGUUACCGAUCUCUUGCUCCAAAUCAUUCAAUGCUUCGUGGUUCCAUGACUAAGAAUAAUCCAGGUUUACUAAACCGUAACAAGAAUCUAGAAGUCACAAAUUGCAUUGUUGCAAUAGCUUUUGCAAAAAUCACGCCUUCGAGUAAAAUAACCACAACUCUGUUGGAUGUGCUCCUCAAGUACGGGGAUCGUUUAUACACCAAAAGUCUAAAAGCCGACAUAAAUCGGCCUAAGAACAUUGACCAAUUAUCAUUAGAAGAUGUUUCCUCUAUUUUUAGUAUCUAUAAGGUACGAUAUAAAUGGAAGAUAAAUUCCAUAGCCCACGGAAACUUGUUGUUCCAUGAAUUGAAGAAGGCAACUGGAAAGUUAGGAAGUAUCGAAGGGGGAUCUGCAGUAAUUUUUAGCCAUAAAGGAUAUAUUAUGUCUUUUUGGAAAGGUGAUGGGGGUAAUUUUUAUUUGUACGACCCAUUCGAAACGAAUCCCAAUGGAAAUCUAGUUGAGCAUGGAGGUUUGCCUAGUCUGUCGAAAUUUUCCAAACUCGAUAAUCUUCUGAACUAUUUGCUUUCAAAAUAUACUUGUAUUAGAGGAUCAAAUACUUUUAUGCUUUAUAUGAUUGGAAUGGAAAGCACUCCUGUGGAAAAAUCAAGCUCAAAUGCAACUUCUCCAGAAGAAGAUAUUUUAAGAUCAAAAAUAGUUUCACGGAUUGCGAGUGAUCAAAAUAUGUUCCAGCAUUAUCAAACUGAUAUGAGAAUCCUUAAGUCCUCUCUGCUUGGAUCGGACAACAUUCCUCAACAUGGUCUUGCAAUUGCCGCACUAAUUCAUAGUCAGUUGCAAUUUGUCGAAUUAUGGAAUACCAACAUUUCUCACAGGAUAACAUUUUUGGCUAGAUAUCUUCUUCAGAAGAAUGAUUGCGAAAUUGAGCUUCUUCAAUCUCCUGAUCCUUCAGGAUCGGGAGCUUUCGAUGACAUCCGAUGUAACUUUGUCAUAGAUAAUGAAUUCAUUUGCAAUAUUGACUUCACGAAGAAUAUUCAAGGACCAAUUUUUUCGGCAAAACGAACAGAAAUUGUGGGUGUAAACUUGCGUAAUGCCCUAACAAUGUUUUUCAACAGCUGUCAACAAGUUGUUGUCUAUCUACCAGGAACUGGUAAUGCAUUUGCCUUAUGGAAAGGCAUUACUGUGUAUUAUUUAUUCGGAAUCGAUCGAGUUGAAAGGGAAAUGCAAGUGAUAUCUUCAGCAAAACUGGAAAGCCUGUACGAUAUAAUUUUGGAAGGGACUGAUGCCGAAGAAGAUCUCAACAAUUGGUAUGAGUUGCGGAGUAUUAGCAUUUCGGUUGUUCCUUUAAAAGAGGGAAUUUGUAAGCCAUUGAAAACCAUCCAAAAUGAUGAUGUUGGGCCUUUAUCAACUAGAAGUGGAAAUUACGUAUCAGAUAAAUCCAAAGAAGCUUACUUUUUCGAUUAUAUUUCUGAGAAACCAGAAAGCCUUCAAUGCAAACAACGAUCUUCGGACUUUGUUAAAGAAGCAAACGGCAUUGAGAUACUUUAUUCUCGAAAUAUUCUUAGGUCACAUAGAUUCUAUGGAACCAAGGACUUUUUCCCAAGCUUACAGGCAGCAUGUGUCGAAGCAAGUGCUUUGGCAAGAGUUAAAUCACCGUCACUUUGGACAAAGAAGACUUUGGAAAAGAUACUACUUGCAGGAGUUAAUUUGUAUAUUAAUACUGUUGCAGUGAAAGGUUCAUCUGAUAUACAAAUUAUCGACUUUAAAGGAAACUUUUAUUUGUCAAAUGAAAAACUUGAAGUUAUUCCCUAUGUGCCAACAAUUCAACCUGCAUCAUGUAAAAAAGAAUUACUCAUGUGUUUGACAUGGAUCCUAAGAAAAUACCAAACAGCUUAUUUAUUUUCGCAAAAUUUUUGCUUUACUUUAAUUAUGGAAAAUAUCAAUUGUUUUCUUUACUACCCGGGUAGUAAUAAUGAAAUGUUUGAGAAUGCGGAAAAUCAAUGUUCUUGUUUAGUAAGAUUUUGCACAAUUUCUGAUUUAUUAGAUCGGUUAUUGUUAAAUAACAAAGAGAUUUCAACGUGUGAAAAUCUAUCAAUUGGACCAAUUUAUGUAUUUAAAAAUUAAUGUGCUUAUAAAAUUAAUUACUUUUUUGUUAAAUAUAAAAUGUAUUUUUAGAAUAAGGCUAUUUAGUUCUGGCUAUGUUAAUAAUAAAUAAAAAUAAAAAA